UAUUGACAAUCACCGGAUUAAAAUCGAACGGGAAUUUAAUACAUAUCCCUAUAUAUUCGGACAGUGAGCCACUAAGCUAUCGAGACCAUGCCGGUUCGGCCUAAUUAAUUAAUAUAUUUACGUCUCAUGCCGACGUAAAUUCAAUUUAUUUCUAUAGAUGUAUUUAUUUUAGAACAAUGUUUUUGACCCGUACGUGGAGUCCUUCAUGUUCUUUGAUUAGAUCAGAUAAUAAUGACCGUAAAAUGCUAUAUUAGCAGCGUUAAAGUAAACUUUUCUUAAACACUCUUUUACACUUAUAUUUUAUACAUUAUCUAGACUUAUUUUUAUAAUUAGAUUGACAUAGGUAUUUUGUAAAAAACGAAAUUAUAAAUUGGGUGGCUCUGGGUAGAGGUUUAGACGCAGCUAUCGGUGGUGGUCAGGGCUCCAGCAAGAGGAAUCCAUACCACGCAGGCCGGAGGUGUCAACGUGUCGAACAUUAAUUAGAUAUAAGUGAACUAUCUUUUGGUCAUGUAUUAAAGCCAAAAUCACAAAAUUUUCUAUACCAAUAAUAAGGAACACACUCCUUUGAUCGUUAAAUUGUAAUCAGAACUCGUGAUGCGUGAAGCUCAUUAUAUACGUAGUUCAUUUAGGUUUUUAUUAUUGAAUUUUGAUACAAAAAUUUAUUUGCAUCAAAAUUUUCUUGAAAAUGCCAACUAUUUAAUUGCAACUAUGUUUGUGAAACUGUUAGUUUUAGCUGUGUUUUGGCUUGAAGUAAAUUUUGCAAAACCGGAUUAUGAAGUUCUAGUAUUUAAUUAUAAGCCGUCUUUUCAAUUAAAAAAGUUGGACAAGCCCAUCGAACGCAAAAAGAAAGAUUCGGAUGAAACAGACAUAUAUGAAUUGGAGUUUUGGACCCGGAAGCCGAGGUGCGACCCGAAAUGCAACUCUAAUAAAAAAAGGCCGAAAUGCAAGCAAAAGUGUAAGGACCAAGACAUAUAUAAAUUGGAGUUUUGGACCCGGCAGCCGCCAUGCUCAUCGUGUCAUGCGUUGCGACAGCGAGCGAGCAGACCGCAGUCCAAGAAUGUCAUAAAUUUUGGAUGGCUGGGUGAAAAAAAACGUCCACAACUUGAGGAAAAACGUAACGAAAGAAAAGAUGAACUUAAGGCACCGUCGGAACGUCUUUCUGCAUAUUAUAUUAAAUAAAAAUAAAUAUUAAUGUAUAC